GUAUUUGGAGCAAAACCAUCGACAAUAUGGCCGACAACCUCUCUUGACACCUGCGAAGUUCCCUGUCGUAUUUCUGACGACAAAAGCUCAUUACUUCAGAGUGACGCUGUGAUUUUUCAUGGAAGAGAUAUGCCAGAAACAAUGCCUACUCGGCGAACUACCAAUCAGCGAUGGGUUUAUUUCAUACAAGAAAAUCCACAUUACACCUCACCAGAACCCUUAAAGUAUAACGGGAUGUUUAAUUGGACAAUGACGUACAAGCGCUCGUCAGAUGUGUGGGCUCCUUACGGCACCUACAGAACAGUUGAAAAUAACGACUUGCGUAGGAGUUAUUUUCCUUCAGGGGCAGGUUAUUUUCUUUUCGUUUUCUUAUUGGUAGCAGGUGUUGCCAAAAUAUUAGAGAGCUUAAGCAAAGAGGUUUUGUUUACGAUGCCACGCAUGUCGAUCGUAAGUGGACUUUUUUCAUUAUUGAGCAGUGGUUUUGCCCAAAUUUUUGGAUAAAUCGUCUCCUUGAGAGUAAAGAAAUUUAACAAUACAAAUUUGAAGCGUCAUGCCAUAUAACUGAAAAAGCCUCAUUUCCGGCCGAUUUGCGUCACUCAAAAAACGCUUUUUGCUUGAGCCGUCCCCAUUGAUAUACCUUUCGUUGUUGGAAAUAAUUUUCUCCGUUAAUUUUUGCUUUUGCCAAAAAACGAGAAGCAAGUCUUUAAUUCAAUACGCCUGUUUCAAAAAUACCGUACUACUCUUUGUCUUCCCUUCAAAAGUUUGCAGAAUUAUUGUUUCAAUUUCCUUUGGGAUGAUUGCAAAAUUUUGGAAGGAAAACAAAGAGUAUUAUGGUAUUUUAGAAAAAGGCCGAUGCCUUUGUUCUUUUCUUCCAUAAGUCUCGCGAAAUAUGCCUCUUUCAUUUUCGCAAGAUUAUAAUUUUAAUUAUAAGUGACCACGAAAAUCGGUAACAAUAAGGAUAGGCAGUCUGGGAGAGACUCUAGGUCGAUUUAUUUUCGCGGACAACCAUGUAUAUUAUACAGCGGAUAGUUUUAGGCAAACCAGUCUAAAAAAGACUGAUUCCCCGUUUCAUCUGCUCUAGACAAGAAAACCUUUUUUCGCCUAAUAUCAGAAUGUACAUGCAAAAAAAAGCAAACACUUAGCGACACCUCUACUGACCUCCUCUUCAGGGCCUCCUUAUUUAAGAUUACGCCGAUUCGGAAACUCUUGGAAAAAACAAUCAAGCCGACGGCGUGCGUGUGUGUGUUUGGGCACCACAUCCGAAGAGUGUAGAUUGCCCUUGAGGUAUCGGUGAUGCUUUUUGAUUUUUAUCACAGUCAUCACUGCGCUCUAAAUCAUUGCUUUAAUUAUUUGAUAAAUAUCAUGUCUUUUCAAAGUCAGCUCAAAGAAGCGGAAGCUGAAGAUAAUAUAUUAUUUUUUAUUUCAAAACAAUUCGAAAUCUACUUUUCUUAUUACAGUGAAAUCUCGAUUAACGAACCCUGAUAUAACGAAUUCCUCGGUAUAACGAAUGAUUUUCUUUACUCCACUGAUAGAACCUUGAUAUGACAAUACCUCGUUAUAGCGAACAAAUGUUGCCAGUCCAUUGGCCCUUCGUUAUAACAAGGUUCCCUGUAAUAAAUUCAUUCUACAGCCUCUGGCACUACCGUUGGGCUGCCCGUGAAAUUUUGGACGAUAUUUUUAAAUAUUUAAAAAGUUACUUAUUUUUAUUAACAGAGAGAGACUUUGCAGCUAAAAAGACCAGACUGGCGGCCUGGGCCUCCAGUCAUUGUUCGUCGACGGGUUUUCUCCGAGAACAGUACGUGGAAAAGCUUCAACUCUACAUUCCAGUUGACGUAUUUGGUAACUGCAAUCCCAGAGGACCUCGCUGCCCUCGUGGAAGCAACAUGUGUAACGCUCUAUUGAAGAAGUACAAGUUUUACUUGGCAUUUGAAAACGCUUUCUGCGAGGAUUACAUCACAGAAAAGUAUUGGGAGCAAGCUCUAGAACAUGACAUGAUUCCCGUUGUUAUGGGAGGAGCGGAUUAUGAUGAACUAGUCGUUCCAAAAUCAUACAUUAAUGUACUGGAUUUUUCCUCGGUUGAGAGCCUAGCAUCUUAUUUGAAAACGUUGGAUGCAAACAGCACCGCAUACAACGAAUAUUUUUACUGGAAGAAACAAUACGAGGUUCUCUCGACCACACCUUGGUGCAGAUUGUGUGAAAUGUUACACAAUCAGUCUUUACCAAACAAGGUGUACUGGGAUUUGGGCAGCUUCUGGGGCGUGAAAGAGAGUUGUAUGCGAUUUUCGAAUAAGAUUAAAGAUCAGAUUUGAUCCAUCGUUACUCAAACAGGUAGUUUAGAAAGUGAGCUUACCACAGUUUAAAGAAACCGGGGAAACAGGGUGCGAUAGAGAACACUCGCCUCACACAAGUGUGGCCUGGGUUAGAAUCCUGGAAGAAACGUGUACUUUUUCUUAGACUGUGGUUUUGCCCAAAUUUUCGGACAAAUCAUCUCAAUAAAGGUGAUGUUACACGAGCCUAAACGUGACUCCAUUUCUGUUCAAGUAGGCGGUUGCUCGAGGACGAAGCAUAACACUCGUCUGUUCCGAACAAUUUCCAAUUCAUCUUAAAUCAGGUAUAUUUGUUUGUCGAGACAGGCUGCUUUUACUUUCUAGGUAUUUAAUAUCAUUCAGUCGGAAGUACCUGCUAGUUUUGGACAGGGGUAUAUCAAACGAAUAUCAACCAGGGCUGUCAUUAAGAGGUGGGGACCGUGGAUUCCCCCCGGCUACUAUGAACGUGGCCCCUGGCUACUUUCAUAGGAAAACAGAAGAAAAAUAGAAAAUCAAAGGCUCCUAGGAGCGAGCUCAUGGAUGAAUUGAAUUAGUGUAGAAAAGACAGUUCAAUAAUCAAAGAAAAACAUAAAUCUUUUUGAACGGUUCAUGGUGUACGGACUUGCCAAAAUACAGCGUGACUCGAAGUAUCCGAUUGCAAGUGUACCUGAAUAUUCUAUAAACUUUUUAUCAGCGCAGCAUUUCUACUUACAAAGCAAAGAUCACUUUUAGAAGCAAUUAUUAACGCUUUUUAGUUGUAAAAUAAUUUGCUUUCUCAGGUGACUGUCAAACACUUUCCGAACGACAGUGCACUUUCUUGUAAAAUAGCAAAGUCUUACAUACAACCGUGGUUUUAAAAGUGCGAUGCUUUCAAAUAAAUGUUUCCAUAUGAUGCGUACGUAAGUACGUAACGGUUAGUAUACGCAGUGCGAGCUAUAUUAAAUACAGAAUACAGGCGUUUAUGGCUAAAUUGAACUGCUUUAGAACGCGCUUUUAAUAAACACGAGCUAAAAAUUAUUUUAAUACGUGUAAAACGGAUUAAGCUCAAAGCAUUACGUGCUCUGACCUAGCCAAGUAAUUUAAAAGCAGUCGAAGUAUCCGAUUGCCUUUCGCCAGAGACUUGUUUAUACCAGCGCAGCAUUUCUCGUAGAAAUUACAUUAAUAGCACUGCUAAAUGGAAUCGCUGACAAACAAAAGCCUACUUUAAGGCAAAGAUCACCUAAGAAUUCAAGAAAAAUAGCGUAACGCUUGUUGGUUCUAAAACCUGUGCUUCUAGUUGACACAACAUUAAUUCAUUCCCUGUUUGCAUACGAAGACAAAUGGUCGAACGGAUUCGUCCAAAUAACUGAAUAAACCUCAAUAGAUACUCCUCAAUGUCGCUUUAACAAUUCGAGGACAGUUUUUUUGCAGUGAUUAUAAGGCUCUUUGGCUUAUUCGCUUUUCGCUGAACGAAAUCCCAUCGUCAGGCUGCAAUAGCUCUUUCACACUCCUACUGAUCGCAUCUUCUCCAUAUCAAGUACAAUAUCGGGAACAAAUGUGCACAAUUCGUCCAAAUAUACAACAUGAUCCACGCUCAAUUAUUUCAAUGUCCUUUUAACAAUUCUAAGUCCAUUUCUUGCGGAUGAUAUUAUCAGUGUUCUUUAAAAUAUUGUUAUUUAUACAAAACCCAUCUCUAUAAUUGAUGUGUCGGGAAAAAAACACUCGCCUUAAUAGUACCCUCUAGAAUAUUCCAAACAUAUACGUGAAAGGCACUUGGAAAAAAGUAAUACUAGGUAAGGGAGGUAGGAGUAACGUGUUUAAUCUGACUUUAAUGAAUAAAUUAAUGAGAAUCGAGUGAGUGAGUGAGUGAUCGAGUGCCAUUCGAGUGCCUCCAAAAGCCCAUGGCAUGACUUCGUCAUCCAUGAGCUAAAAAGAAAUCUCUAGCUGUUUGAUUCCCCGCCUACUUGAUGUAUUUCCCUGGCAACUGGAAAUCUUAGUGACAAUCCUGACUAUCAACUCUCGUAGGAUUUCACAUGCAUAUGAUGGCUCGAUAUCCUUGUAAGCAAUAUUUGAACAAAUAACAGAAAAAGGAACUCCUAACUCCUAAAAGUGGGACGUACAAUCGUCGUCCCAAGAGAAAUUGAAAACAAUGUUUAGGGAAACGAAGAGUGUUGACCACUACAGAAAAUACUAUAUAUAAUGCAUAAAUACCAUGCAUAAGCAUUGUUUUCAGUUACUCUUGGGGCCAUUUUAACUCCCAAGAGGAACUGAAAACAAUGCUUAUGCAAGUAGUGGUCGAUUAAGGCAUGUUUUCAUGUUUCAGGGACUUUACUUCAGGCCUUCACGGUCAAUUCAUUUCGGUGAUGUAUCCAUCUCGGGAUACGCAUGAGCAUUGUUGCAGAAGCAAAGAUGGUUAAUACGAGACCCAAAACCGUUUUCAAGCAUUCUUCUUUUAUCACAGAAAUUCGACUGCAGUGGACGAGAAUUCGACGGAGAGGUUUAGUGUGAGAAGUUCAUCUUUAAUUCUUGUUGAUUUGAAUUUUUAUCAGAGUCUUCAAUAAGGAUCUCCUAAUUUCGCUUCUGGAAAAUGAUUGCGGUUCGACGAAUGAAGAUCGUCAUAAAUACUGUGCUUAUGCUCACAGCAUCAUUUGCCACUUUCUACAUUUUAACAGUUGUCAUUCCAUUAUUGCGUGGGAUUUUAACGUUAGCAGAUACUUCCCAAAAGCGAAAAGUAAUUUUAUUUUACACCACAGUAUUUGGAGCAAAACCAUCGACAAUAUGGCCGACAACCUCUCUUGACGCCUGCGAAGUUCCCUGUCGUAUUUCUGACGACAAAAGCUCAUUACUUCAGAGUGACGCUGUGAUUUUUCAUGGAAGAGAUAUGCCAGAAACAAUGCCUACUCGGCGAACUACCAAUCAGCGAUGGGUUUAUUUCAUACAAGAAAAUCCACAUUACACCUCACCAGAACCCUUAAAGUAUAACGGAAUGUUUAAUUGGACAAUGACGUACAAGCGCUCAUCAGAUGUGUGGGCUCCUUACGGCACCUACAGAACAGUUGAAAAUAACGACUUGCGUAGGAGUUACUUUUCUUCAGGGGCAGGUUAUUUUCUUUUCGUUUUCUUCUUGGUAGCAGGUGUUGCCAAAAUAUUAGAGAGCUUAAGCAAAGAGGUUUUGUUUACGAUGCCACGCUCGUCGAUCGUAAGUGGACUUUUUUCAUUAUUGAGCAGUGGUUUUGCCCAAAUUUUUGGAUAAAUCGUCUCCUUGAGAGUAAAGAAAUUUAACAAUACAAAUUUGAAGCGUCAUGCCAUAUAACUGAAAAAGCCUCAUUUCCGGUCGAUUUGCGUCACUCAAAAAACGCUUUUGCUUGAGCCGUCCCCAUUGAUAUACCUUUCGUUGUUGGAAAUAAUUUUCUCUGUUAAUUUUCGCUUUUGCCAAAAAACGAGAAGCAAGUCUUUAAUUCAAUACGCCUUUUUCAAAAAUACCGUACUACUCUUUGUCUUCCCUUCAAAAGUUUGCAGAAGUAUUGUUUCAAUUUCCUUUGGGAUGAUUGCAAAAUUUUGGAAGGAAAACAAAGAGUAUUAUGGUAUUUUAGAAAAAGGCCGAUGCCUUUGUUCUUUUCUUCCAUAAGUCUCGCGAAAUAUGCCUCUUUCAUUUUCGCAAGAUUAUAAUUUUAAUUAUAAGUGACCACGAAAAUCGGUAACAAUAAGGAUAGGCAGUCUGGGAGAGACUCUAGGUCGAUUUAUUUUCGCGGACAACCAUGUAUAUUAUACAGCGGAUAGUUUUAGGCAAACCAGUCUAAAAAAGACUGAUUCCCCGUUUCAUCUGCUCUAGACAAGAAAACCUUUUUUCGCCUAAUAUCAGAAUGUACAUGCAAAAAAAGCAAACACUUAGCGACACCUCUACUGACCUCCUCUUCAGGGCCUCCUUAUUUAAGAUUACGCCGAUUCGGAAACUCUUGGAAAAAACAAUCAAGCCGACGGCGUGCGUGUGUGUGUUUGGGCACCACAUCCGAAGAGUGUAGAUUGCCCUUGAGGUAUCGGUGAUGCUUUUUGAUUUUUAUUACAGUCAUCACUGCGCUCUAAAUCAUUGCUUUAAUUAUUUGAUAAAUAUCAUGUCUUUUCAAAGUCAGCUCAAAGAAGCGGAAGCUGAAGAUAAUAUAUUAUUUUUUAUUUCAAAACAAUUCGAAAUCUACUUUUCUUAUUACAGUGAAAUCUCGAUUAACGAACCCCGAUAUAACGAAUUCCUCGGUAUAACGAAUGAUUUUCUUUACUCCAGUGAUAGAACCUUGAUAUGACAAUACCUCGUUAUAGCGAACAAAUGUUGCCAGUCCAUUGGCCCUUCGUUAUAACAAGGUUCCCUGUAAUAAAUUCAUUCUACAGCCUCUGGCACUACCGUUAUUUUUAUUAACAGAGAGAGACUUUGCAGCUAAAAAGACCAGACUGGCGGCCUGGGCCUCCAGUCAUUGUUCGUCGACGGGUUUUCUCCGAGAACAGUACGUGGAAAAGCUUCAACUCUACAUUCCAGUUGACGUAUUUGGUAACUGCAAUCCCAGAGGACCUCGCUGCCCUCGUGGAAGCAACAUGUGUAACGCUCUAUUGAAGAAGUACAAGUUUUACUUGGCAUUUGAAAACGCUUUCUGCGAGGAUUACAUCACAGAAAAGUAUUGGGAGCAAGCUCUAAAACAUGACAUGAUUCCCGUUGUUAUGGGAGGAGCGAAUUAUGAUGAACUAGUCGUUCCAAAAUCAUACAUUAAUGUACUGGAUUUUUCCUCGGUUGAGAGCCUAGCAUGUUAUUUAAAAACGUUGGAUGCAAAUAGCACCGCAUACAACGAAUAUUUUUACUGGAAGAAACAAUACGAGGUUCUCUCGACCGCACCUUGGUGCAGAUUGUGUGAAAUGUUACACAAUCAGUCUUUACCAAACAAGGUGUACUGGGAUUUGGGCAGCUUCUGGGGCGUGAAAGAGAAUUGUAUGCGAUUUUCGAAUAAGAUUAAAGAUCAGAUUUGA